UCAGUAAGUGUGUGAUGAUUUUCAUUUAUUGUAAAGAAUUUGAAGACGGGUCACUUCGAUCAGACGAUUUUCCUCUGAAUUUUCAAUGAUCUUUUCCGGGUUUUCUUCCCUGAGUUUCUCACAUAAUCUGCGUUUGAUCUAGCCUUGGAUUAUUGAUUUCAUUCUGGGAGUAUUGGACUUUGAUUUAUUUGAAGCAGUUAAGUAUCUUGUCCUGAAGUUACAUAAUCUUCUAGGACAUGGGUAGAGCGGGAACUUCAUCUGUUCACUCGGAGAAAAUCUCCCAUCGGUUUAGUAUGGCUUUAUCGUCAGCCUUUUUCGAAUGGCUGUUGCUUUUUAUGCUCUUUUUUGAUGCUAUAGUUUCAUUCCUGAUAAAAAAAUUUGCUCAUAAAUGUAAAUUGCAAGCACCAUGUGUGCUGUGCUCGAGGCUUGAUCAUAUAUUCGGGAAAGAAAAACGGAAGUUUUAUUGGGAUCUUUUAUGCGAUGAUCAUAAGUUGGAGAUUUCAUCCUUGGUUUACUGUCAUUCUCAUAAGAAGCUUGUUGAUGUUCAAGGAAUUUGUGAAAGUUGCCUUUUCUCAUUUGCUACAACAAAUAAGUCUAAUGCUGAAACCUACCGAUUGUUGGUCGGUAAGUUGGGGGAAGAUUUUGAUUAUCGUCCAGAGGAGGAUCCCUCACUUGAGAAUCAUAAACUUGGAUAUUUGACUCAAAGGCGCUGUUCUUGUUGCAAUGAUCCAUGGAUGCCAAAAGGAUAUGCCAAAACAUCGAUGCAAACACAAUCGGUUGUGUUUCCGGCUUCUGAAUUUGAUAUACCUUUACCGGUUUCCGUUGAACAUGGUAAGUAUGAGCAGGACAGAAGUGGCAAUGUGUCUGUUUCAGUUGAAGAUACACUUCAGAGAAAAAACUGGCCCGAUCCUUUAUCUCAUGUAUCAUAUUCGGAGCUUAAGAUUGCUUCUGAUUUGGAAUCUGAAGCGAAUAGUAAUGCUGGCGGGGAGGAAGAUGAUGUGAUUAUCCAAACUCAUAAUCUAGGAAGAGAUCUUGUUGAUCAACAUAUGCAGCCAGAGUCUGAAACUUUUACUUUGUCCGACGGUUUUCCUUCGGAGAAAUUCAUGGAUCCCAUUUCUGCACUUAAGCGUCCUGUAUUCAUUUCACAACCAGAACCGGAAUCAACCAUCAUUGAGGAGCCUCUUAACACUAUAUCAGUGGAAUCUACUGAUUCAAAACAACAUGGCUUGGAGGAACUUAAUUGGGAGCAAGCCAGUAGCAAAAUCGAGCCAUCUGCUUCUUCUAAGCAUUCUCUUGAUGACGCCCCUUUAUCGUCAAAAGACGGGGAAGCUCCUAUCGAUAUGCCAAUAGAAAUGAAUCUUGAUGCCCUUGAUAAGGACUCUCCAUUGCCAACUCCUGGUGAAGUUCUUAUUCAUGUGUCUCAAGAGAGUAAGCUUACUUCCCUUGAUUUUCUUCCUUCGUUGCCGGUCGACAAUAAAACUCUGAUCGAAGUACCCAAGGAUAGCAAGCAUAUCAACAAUGAAACUCUGGUUGAAGUACCCAAGGAGAGCAAGCAUAUCGACAAUGAAACUCUGGUCGAAGUACCCAAGGAGAGCAAGCAUAAUAUCAUCGACGAUGUUCCUCAAUCAAAUGUUGUAUCUUCUGUUGAAGAAUCAAAAGAGAGUAGUGUUAUCGGAACUGUUGAAGUUGAGAAGAUAUCUGAGUCGAAGUGUGAAGAUAUCCACGUAUCAACAGAACAGCCACUUCCCGUACCCGAAUCAACGGUGGAAGAAAAUCGAGUCACUACUGGCCCUAGCAUCCAAGCACUCAAUUCCUUGGACCUAAGCGAUGCUUAUAAGCUAGCUGUAGGUAGUAAAGGAAGACAAUUAUCUGGUUUGCUUGUUGAACAAUGGAUUGGAAGAGAUUCUUCGAGACUUAGUGAAGAUCUAAAGGUCUUAUUGUCACAAUUAUCUUCUCGAGGAAUGGAUCAAUUGAUGAACGAUGCAAGUCCUCGGAUCGCUGCAAGUCCUAAGAUUUCUGUUAAUCCGAGGAUAUCUAUAAAUAGUGAUGAUUUAAAAGCAUCAGAUUCUUCAGCAUUUAACGGAAUAGAGAUGCUUCAAAGGAGGGUCUCACUGGAGAGAAAUGAGUCUGGUUUGUCUAUAGAUGGAAGCAUUGUUAGUGAAAUCGACGGUGAAAGCGUGGUUGAUCGGCUAAAACGCCAGGUCGAGCACGACAGGAAAUUAUUGAGCGCUUUGUACAAGGAAUUGGAAGAAGAAAGAAACGCGUCCGCAGUCGCUACAAAUCAAGCAAUGGCCAUGAUUACUCGACUGCAGGAAGAGAAGGCGACGCUGCAAAUGGAAGCCUUGCAGCACCUGAGAAUGAUGGAAGAACAAGCCGAGUACGAUAUGGAAGCGUUAGAAAACACAAACGACCUUCUUGCGGAGAAAGAGAGAGAGAUUCAUGAUCUCGAAGCCGAGCUGGAGUUUUACAGGAUGAAGUUCCCUAAUGAGUUCAUGCCAGAUGACACAGAGGAUCAUUCAGAAGCUACUGCCAUUGAAGAAAAGGCAAGCUUACAUACAGAGCCAGCUACCGGAAAACCAAACUUCGGCGCCGCGGAUGAAGAAACAGAACAGUUGUUCGAGGUCACAAACAAAGUCACCAUGAAGAAUCCAUUGUCUGGACAUGAACAAGGGUGCCAUGAUGAAGAACUCGUUCCUUGAGGCUUUACUUACAAACACCAUAAAGAUGCCUGCACCAGAUGCUAGUGACCAUGAAUUGCAGAGAUUGUCAUGUCUCUGUAAAUAGCUAGCCUGACAUGUUUUGCGUAGCAUCAAAAAUGGAGUUGGUGAGUUUUUUUUUACGAUGAGUUUGAAGAUUGAAUCUUUCCUCCUUUUUUUCUUGAUUUUUUUUUAUUUUUUAGCUAAAAUUAAUGGUUUGAUUUGAGUGAUUGGAUUUUGUACAAGGUUGUGAUGUUUAAUUGUCAAGUUUGAUAUAAUGAGAUCAACCCAAAAAUAUUGUAAAUUAGAAUAGAUCAGAGAAAUUCCAAGUUUGUUUGCAUUUUUUGAUA